GGCCGCUGCACCCACCACUCUAAGUCGCGUGUAGCUCAACGAAAAGCGUACCCGCCUGUGGUGGGCGCACCCCCCCCUCCACUUCCACAGAGACAAUCUGAAGCUGGAAGUACAUAUACUUCACAGCUACAUUGCGCUCCGACCAGAGACAUAACAACAGAGACGGAGGUUGACCCUCUGAACACCUGACCCGCUCGGCCUUACAAUUCAUGCACAUCUGUAAAUUCAACCUCUGUCAUUAAGUAUCUCAAGUCGAUCAUAUUUAUUGGGACAUGGAGGUUUAGAGAUGAGAUGUAUCAUUUUCACCAAAGUCCAGAAGACAUGAAGGCAACUAACCACGACAUUCACCAAAGAACCAGCAAAUAGAUCUUUGUGCGAGAUAGAAGAUGUCUUGCUGUGUCUUCACGAAUUCUUGACAGCUUGGAGACGGUGAAUUGACAGGUGCUGGGAAAUGGCAAGCAUGUCUCCGAUGCUCGCAUCCGAUGAAAGAAAGUAGAGCUGGGUACCUACGCGGCACCUCAACCAGCAUUCGUAACUGCCCACCUUGCAGACAAGAUCGUCAUGGAUGCGGAAGAUGCUGCCAGCAUCGGCUCUCAGGAAAUUGCAGUGGUUAGUUGGGCACAGGGCGAGUGUGCACAGAGUGCAUUUUCGGCAUCAUAAGGCUCUUGGAAAGUCGGUAAACACGGAAGCGCUGGAGGUAGCUGAGACCAUACCCAAAAUCAUUGACGGCAAUGUGCAACCACACGGCACAGAGCAUUGGACGCCUUCUCAGAGUGCAGAAUUUGAGGUCUUCAACUGCAAGAUUUGCUACAACAAGAGUAUGAACAAUCGCAAGGCUGGGGCCAAGGAAAAACCAGCGGUGUCGCUUAAAAAGAUGAGCUUCCCGUCAUACCAGAUUUAGAACAUGUUACUUCACUCCAUUCUUUCCACGAAAAAACCUAAAUCGACAUACAUGCCUAGCCUUCUUCUUUGUCCCAGCUUCAUCUAACUACUUUCAGCGCAUUUGUAGAUACCUACCUCCCUUCCCAGCCUCCCCAAAUAACCUUAGGUACCUAGGUAUCUACUCUACCCAGACCGCUAUCUACCUUGCCUAUUCAUCGUGCAUCACUUCGUUGCUGGAUUGCACACGACAGCACCUGGUAUCUUCACAUCUUUACCUGCCAAAUCUAUCACCAUGCCCGAUAACGACGACACACCACCACUUCCUGAAGACAAUAACGACUCACCACCAAUGCCUGAAGAUAACGACAACACAUCACUAAUUCCUGAAGAGGACGAUCCCUUGGAGAAGGCUACCGAAUACGAUGCACGAUCCAGCCAGCGCGACAGUCCUCAUUACAUUGCUAUGCGCGGAGAGACGCCCUCAGUAUUCGUCAACAAUGUUGCUAGUCCUCUCGAUUACGAUCGUGCGGCCAACAACCAAGGACCCCUUGAGGGAGGUCGGCGGUCCGAAAACCCUUCCAGUCUCAGGAGGAGUAAUAGCCAUGCAUCAUCAGCUCGCUCCGAAAUUACCGUAUGGGAUUUCGGGGAGGAACUGUGCGAUGCGUGCCAUCGAGACACUCUAGGAGAAAGGGAAGAAAUUCCCAUCGUGAGUCCCACCAGCACUAGCCCCGCCCUUAUGGUACGUCUUUGGUCACUUCGGCGUCCAAAGAACAGCCCGGACCACAAGCUACCACAUUUCUUCCCUUGGAGAUCUGUGGAAAAGCUCAUCACACCACAAGAGGUCAUCUGCGCUCUUCAAGGAGCUCGAAGUGGAUUGGCCGAUGAAAGAAUCGAGCGGUAUACAGACCAGAUUUGCCGACCUCAUAAGUGCACUGACGAUCGGGUAAGCAACUCUGGGUUUCGCAAAAUCUUCGCUAUUCUGGUCAGGAUGAGCCGCGCAGUGGACAUCACCCACUUCGUUGAUAGAGGCAUCUGUGACGGCGAUCUCCCAUUGACAGCUGUUCCAGUUGGCGAGGGUCAGAUGGAAAUGCGGCUACGGGGACAGGAGAACAAAAAGCUUGAUUUUCUCCGCCAUUGGGAUGACGAGCUUAAGCAUGAUGACUUUGAGAAGCUGCAAUGGACUAUGCUAGUACCUUACUUCGCCAAACGACCAGGGCACUCGGCGAGAUUGUAUGUGCUACCAAAGAAAGUCAUAUUACCAUGGCUCUCAGAGGACCGUCAGUAUGAUGGUGGCUACAGCUGGGUUUCAAAGGUGAAGAUCCACCCUCAUCAUCACAACUUCAACCAACUCGAAGACCAUAUGGUAUCCAGCAACCUCUUUGCCGUCAAACACUUGAAAGCGCAUUCAACCGAUGACGCCAGCAAUACUGACCUCUUCCCACCUGCCAACGGAACGCCAGGUGUUGCCAACCCGCAGGUGGUAGUUUCCAAAGCCACCGUCGUUUCUCAGUACGACAUAAAGACGGAGUUCGAACAAGAAAUCGAGAUAUUGAACCGUCUGAGCCGUCGUCCUCAUCCCCAUUUGAUCACCUUGCUCGCAGCAUACCAGCUUGGUGACGAAUGUUGCAUGAUCUUUCCUUGGGCUGACUGCGAUCUCAAGAGCAUGUGGCAAAUUUCACCGGACCCUGGAAACCCACUCGAGAAGAUCAAGUUGAAAUGGGUACUGGACCAGUGUUUGGGGCUAGCUCAAGGCCUUAACCAAAUCCACCACUCAAAACCUACGCCAACCCUCGGUGAGAGCAAGAUGUUGCAACGAGUAUAUGGCAGACACGGAGACAUCAAGCCGGAGAACAUACUGUUCUUCAGAGAUAAAACCAAGCCUGACGACAAGGGAAAACUGGUGAUUACCGACUUUGGGUUGACCCGAUAUCAUGGGAACGACACGAAGACGUACCUCCGUGAUAUGAAACCACCAGCCACGCCCACCUACCGUCCGCCGGAAUGCGACAUAACAACCUCUCCAAUCUCUCAGUCCUUCGACAUCUGGUCAUUCGGCUGCGUUUUACUUGAGUUUAUUGCCUGGUAUCUUGGUGGCUGGCCUCUCGUCGAACAGUUUGUUAAGAAACGGAAGCUUCAGAAUCCACUGAUGAACAACUGGCAAACAGAUCAGUUCUUCGAGAUCUUGCAAGAUAAUCCCAAUUAUGGGUCUGCCGGCACUGUGGUUGCGCGAGUUAAGCAGGAGAUUCAUGAGUUUGUCAGCGAGCUUCACUCACAUCCCUCUUGCUCAGAUACCAUUCAUCAUCUUCUCGAUUUUAUUAUGAGUGAGAUGAUCGUUGUUGAGCUCAAGAGGAAACGGACCGGGACGACCCAUGACUCCUCCAUGUCAAAGCAGGAUCACACACGGGCCCAAUGCGGCAAUGUUGUCAAGAAGCUGAUGUCACUUUGUGCACAGCUAGACCAACUUCCGGAUAUGUUGACGGCGACUCCUUAUAGUGCUAAGAUCAAGCCAUCGAUUGUCGUUGAGAUGAAGGGGUACCCUGUGGGAGGUAGGUACGCGGAGCUUCCGGUCAAUCGGGGCACUACUGUCAGGGCUACGGAUCGCCCGGAACACGGAUUGGGGCAUCCGGAAACUUGGUGAAAACGAUUUAGUGU